AUUAGAUACAUUUUUGGGCGGAGGUUUGCAUGUACUUGUGUGUCUAAAUAAGCAUGUUCGUUUCUACUAUAAAACGAACGAAUAUCUCAAUUUUAGUAUUGUCUGCUAACUAGUUCAGCCAUAACAUUUUCUCUGCCAUGGAUACUCUACCUGACUCGAUGCUUGCGAUGGUACUCGUGUUUAUAGGUGGCUUUACGGUGCUGUAUUACAUGCUGAAAUGGUCCUGUGGAUGUUGGUGUGGAUUCAAAGUGUAUGUGUUGUCAAAAGUUUGGCAAGCUGAUUUAAAGGCAUAUGGACAAUGGGCAGUUGUUACAGGGGCCACUUCAGGGAUUGGUAAAGCCUAUGCAAAUGAGUUAGCCAGAAGAGGACUGGAUAUUGUUUUGAUUAGCCGGUCCAAAGAUAAGCUGUGCACUGUCGCCAAGGAGAUUGAGCACAAACAUGGACGCCAGACCCAUAUCAUCCAGACCGAUUUCACAGAGGGCAAUGACAUCUACCCUGCUAUAGCUGAGGCUCUACAGGACCUGGACAUAGGCAUCUUGGUAAACAACGUAGGUAUGAACUAUUCACACAAGUUGGUGCAUUUUCUGGACAUACCCAACCCUGAGCAGAGAACCACCCAGGUUGUAAACUGUAACAUACUCUCAGUCACUCAGAUGACUAGACUGGUUCUCCCACGCAUGGUUGAAAGAGGAAAUGGUCUUAUCAUCAACAUGUCUUCCGAGGCAGGUGCUGAACCACAACCCAUGCUGUCUCUCUACUCAGCCACCAAGAUUUUUGUGACAUACUUUUCCAGAGCUUUGAAUUCAGAGUACAGGUCACGAGGAAUUACAGUUCAGUGUGUGGCACCCUUUAUGGUGUCCACUAACAUGACAAAGCACUUGCCACCCAACAUGUUGGUGAAGAGUGCCAGUGAUUUCGCCUGUGAAGCUCUGAACACGGUGGGGUACUCCAGCUAUACCAGUGGAUGUGUGUCCCAUGCUCUUCAGCACAUAGCUCUGUCUAUAUUCUUUCCUGGAUGGCUACGCCUUUCUUCCUACUGUGUGAAGCAGACAGAGAAAUUUGCACUGAGCAUGCAGAAAAAAAUUGAUGAAAUGAAGGAACUUUCUUCAAGCAAGGAGGACUAAGUAGUGCAAAGGAGCUUGCUACUUAAUUGUACAGUAUAUGUGGUAUUGUAGGUCAUUGGAAAUUUGUGAAUAUUUUAAAUUUUCUAUUUAGUCAAUGUUUUGUACAUGCAAAUAGGCUGCCUUUGAAAUGUUUUUAUGAUGGAAAGGACAUUGUGUAAUGUUUAUGUUGUAAUAUAAACAAGAUGACUCCAAAUCUAUCAUGUCAGCACAGCAGAAAAUUCUCUUUAGCUCACUUCCAAAAUGUGUAUUCUGCAUAGGUACAGCUGCAACUCUCAAAAAGCUGAAAAUGUCUGCUAUGCAACACAUUCUUGCAAUAUACCUUUAAGAAUAUAGACU